UAAAGGUGUGGGACUGGAUUUUGGGAAAAUUCAGAGGAAGAAUGGAGCAGGGGUUCAAAAUUUGCUCCUGUAGAAAUGGAGCUGAUUGUGAGCCCCAGCUCCAUUUUGGCCAUCCAGUAGAUCUUGCCUCCACCGUCGCUGCCAGCUCAUCCUCCAGCAUCUCUAUCACCUGCAUCUUCAGGAUCUUCAGCUCCGAAUCCAUCGUCGUUAGCGGAGGCAUCAUCAUUGAAGUUAAAGUUGUCUUCGUUACCUAAGUCAGCAGUAAAGAGAAAACAUUUGAUGAAGCUAUUAGGAUGAACUUUAAAAUGCAUCUAUAAAUGUUUCUUGAAACUCCCUUCAUACAAGGCAUUAAACCCAAUUUGCCUAACCUUUGCUGCUUCUGAACCUGAUCAGCUCUUUAGUACCUAAGAGCAUUUCCCAUAGUUCUGGAGACCACAAAAUCUUUUAUAAAAUUUUGUCCAAAGCUAACAUCUCCAGCUUUCAACUGGAGCAGGGAUUUGGAGGAGUCCGAGCGAGCAAGAGAGUGCGCACAGAUUGGGAGAGAAUCAGGAAGGAAUCUAAGGAGACCACUGAGCUAGUGACUGAGUGGGGUUAGUGGAGAAUAGAGAGAGGGAGUGGAUGAGAUAGAUUGAGGGUUGUGGGGGUAUUUAAAUAUUUGAUGUUUGAUACUUUUGAAUAGAAUUGAGGUUUUUAAUGAAAUUUUCCUAUAAAAUCAUAUAUAUAUAUCCUAAAAUAUAAAAUAAUCAUCCCAACCCCCAUUUCCAUCCAUUCCACCGAAACUUCAACCCUCCCUCCAAACUCCUUGAUCCACCUCCACCCACCCUCCCCACUCAGCUCCAGCGAAGCUGACCUUCAGACUUUGAGUUCAAGCCGAGUGGGUCUUGCCAGAAUAACCAAUAAUUUUAGACUUUGGGAAUAUAAACCCAAUAGGAGAAAACUAGGCUGUGGUGGCUCUCUCAGGUGGAACAGUUGCAAUCUUGGCCUGGUUGUGCGGGAGGGAGUAACUGUGGGUGUGAUGGGGGUGUCAAUAAAUUAGUGUUUAAGAGAAUUUUUUCAAAAGUCAACUCCUGAUGGAAAGCUACUUGUGAUUAGAACAAAGAGUUCAAAAUAUAUUAGGAGGAACGAGACAAAGCUGAAUACAGUGGCCGGGAUAAUGACUCUGAAGAAUUUUAAAAUCUAAUCAAUGAACUUUCUAAAUUGGGUAUGAAGACUUGUUGAACCAGAUCAACUUUAGCUUGAUCUGUAAUUUAGAAUGAAGCUAUCUGAUUGCUGUCUUGAAGAUAUGCAGGCUUGACAAUGUCGAAAUUAAAGAUAGGUUUGUUAAUAAUAAGGAGAUUUGUAAUUCUUAAAAGUAUUAUUCUAGACAAAAUAGUUUAGCAUCACUACUAGCUUCAAGGCUUGGAUUCUAAGGUACAUUCCUCAAACGCUGGGAUUUGAAUAGGAGACUAAUAUUAAUUUUUAUAAAUCAAGAUA